UCGAUACUCGGAAGGCUCGUAUUUGGCUGGUUUAGUCCCCUCCUGGUCCGCGGAAACGAGAAGCAAAGACUGGAUCAGGAAGAUCUGAGCCUGAUCCCGUUUCCGAAAGACUGCCAAACUUCGACAGUGGCGGCCGCUUUUGAAAAAGCCUGGGGGGAGGAAUUGAAAAGGGAAGACCCUAGUCUGUUUCGUGCUCUCCUCGCCUCGUAUGGUACUGAAUUUGCGAGGGCUGGCUUAUUUAAGUUGGUGCAUGACUGCUGCGUCUUUGUUGGACCCCAAGUUCUUCAUGCUAUGAUAAUGUUUUUACGUAACCCUGACUCUCCACUUUCAUAUGGCUUAGGCUUGACGACGCUCGUCACAUUGUCACAGCUCACAAUGAGCCUGUGCCUCCGACAUUAUUUUUUCAAGUGCUACACUACGGGUUUGCGUGUGCGCACAGCCGUUGUCGUGGCCAUCUAUCAUAAAGCUUUGAAGCUGUCAGCAAGUGAACGGCAAACGCGCUCGUCGGGUGAAAUUACGAACCUCAUGUCGAUUGAUGCCCAGAGACUACAAGACUUGACAACGUACUUGCACGCAAUUUGGUAUAGUCCCUUGCAAAUCAGUCUAGCGCUUUUGUUUCUUUGGAAACAGCUUGGCGCUAGUUCUUUAGGAGGUGUGCUAGUCAUUGUGACAAUGAUUCCAGUGACGAAAAUUGUGGCUCAGUGGAUGGGAUCUAUGCAAAAGUUGUUGAUGCGAGCUAAGGAUCAGCGAGUAGACUUGAACGGAGAGGUUUUGGCCAGCAUGAAAGUCGUCAAGUUUCAGGCCUGGGAAGAGCCCUUCCAAUCUCGGAUCCUUGCCCUUCGUGAGGUGGAACUUCAUCAACUUCUUCGCUACUACAUUGUGUUGUCGCUUUCUCGAAUGCUGUGGACGUUCACGCCGUUGAUGGUGGCGCUGGCGACAUUCUCCGCCUAUGUAUGGUCUGGCCAUGUUCUUGACGUGGCGUCGGCGUUGACAUCACUAGCUCUUUUUGAAAUUUUGAGGUUUCCUCUAUUUAUGCUUCCUCAAAUCAUUAGCAAUAUUGUGGAGGCUACGGUGGCAUUGAAACGCAUUCAAUCAUUCUUGCUUUGUAAAGAUCAUAAACCAGUUGAAGCUGGUAAUCUCGACAACAUCGGCAUCAGAAUGGAAGGAGUUUCAGCGGCGUAUGAUUCGAAGCGUCCGAAGCGAAUUGAAUUUGAAUGCAAACCAGGCGAACUUGUAGCUGUCAUCGGUAGUGUUGGCUGUGGAAAAUCGUCGUUUAUAAACGCACUUUUGGGCGAGGUCAGGGCAUUGACUGGAUCUACUUCCGUUUGUGGAAAGAUGGCGUAUUUCUCGCAAGUGCCUUUCAUUAUGAAUGCCAGCGUGCGGGACAAUAUUCUCUUCAGUCAUACAGACGAAGAAGUAGAUGAAGCGAUGUACCAGAGGUGUUUGAGAUGCUGCGCCCUGAAGCACGAUUUGGAUCUUCUCCCUAAUGGCGACCGCACCGAAAUUGGAGAGAAGGGAAUUACAUUGUCUGGAGGUCAAAAGGCGCGAGUAGCACUAGCUCGUGUAGUAUAUCAUCGGGCUGACCUUUCUUUGAUUGAUGAUGCUCUGGCAGCUGUUGACGCUCAUGUUGCAAAGCAGCUUUUCGAAGAGGCCAUCGUGAACGAACUCCUGUCUUGUGGCGCUGCUGGUAUGGAGAGCCGCAGCGUUAUCAUGGUCACAAAUGCUCUGCAAUAUUUAUCGCAUCCCCGAGUAGACAGAAUUAUUGUUUUACAGGACGGACACAUUGUAGAAAGUGGGACUUACAAUGAAUUGAAGAACGGAGACUCCGUUUUCGCUGGAUUCCUUGCAGUACUACGUGACACUGGUACAGAUCUGAGUGGACAUCUUGUAGAGGGUGUUGCUAGCAGCGAUAGCAACGGCGUUUCUGAUGAAUCGGGUAAUUUAGUAUGCACCGGACGAGAAGCGGAUAUUGAAGCGGAACUCCCGGUGAAACUAAUGACCGACGAGUCUCGGCAAUCGGGACACGUGAAGCCGAGUGUCUAUCUCUCUUGGAUCAAAGCAGCUGGUGGGUUGUUUGCCCCUGUCGCAAUUCUCUUGGCGUUCGGCUUUGCAGAGGGGAUUUCUGUCCUUUCGAAUUGGUGGAUUACCUACUGGUCCGGACACGGUAGCUUAUCAAGCCAAUCCCGAUUUCUUGCCAUCUAUGCCCUCAUCAACGGGACGGCUGCUCUGUUCGGCCUUUUUAGGACUCUGCUUGUCGUCAUUUUUGGUCUAAAAGUCUCCCGAAAGCUUUUUGCCAACCUACUGUCGGUAAUUCUGCACGCUCCCAUGUCAUUUUUUGAUACGACGCCUGUUGGGCGUCUUGUGAAUCGAUUUAGCAAAGAUAUGUAUACAAUAGAUGAGCAGCUAAUGGGCACCCUCCGAACAUAUCUCCAGACACUGUUUGGCGUGUUCAGCACACUGUUGGUGAUAUCAUCUGUGACUCCAUUGUUUCUGUUGUGCUUGGUGCCCAUGCUCAUAUUCUAUUUGAAAGAGCAAUCUUUUUUCACUAUUUCUUACAGAGAGCUGAAAAGACUGGACUCGGUGAGCCGGAGUCCAAUUUACGCGUUGCUUGGCGAAAGCGUAGAUGGCGUUGCUGUGAUACGGGCCUUUGCUGCCCAAAAAAGUCUUCUCUGUCGCCUAACCGAUAUGUUGGAUAUUCAGCAACAUGCGUACUUUCUUACUUGCGCAGCGCAGUCCUGGCUCGCUGUUCGUCUUGAGCUGAUUGGAACACUAAUUGUAACAUUUGCGGCUUUGAGUGCAGUAUUGGAGCACACCAGAUCCGGAGCCGACGGAACCUUUGCGGGUUUGGCAGGGCUGUCGAUCUCGUAUGCGCUAUCGGUUACGCAAUCGCUGAACUGGAGCGUUCGAAUGGCAAGUGAUAUGGAGGCGAAUAUGGUGGCUGUUGAACGAGUUGAAGAGUACUCCAACAUUCAGUCCGAAGGCCUGAGAUCAACUCCUGUUGACGCAAAACUCCCUCAAGUGUGGCCUCCGAAAGGGGCGAUUGAGUUCACAGAAGUCAGGCUACGAUAUAGACCGGGUUUGCCUUUUGUUCUAAAGGGCUUAAAUUUGACUAUUCCUCCCGGGAGCAAAAUAGGAGUUGUUGGUCGUACAGGGGCGGGGAAAUCGACGCUAAUGAUAGCUCUGAUGCGCAUUGUUGAUGUAACGGAAGGAACCAUAAAGAUUGAUGGUACAGAUAUAUCGGAGAUUGGAUUGGCGAGGCUCAGACGAACUCUGGCUGUUAUUCCUCAGGACCCUGUCCUUUUUAGCGGAUCCGUCAGAUCAAAUCUUGAUCCGUUCCAUGAAUACGAAGACGAUGCUUUGUUAGAUAUUCUAGACCGCGUUGGGCUGUACGCACGGUCUAGGACCUCUUCAACUCAGAGUCUCCCAUCCCUUGGCCAAAUCUGUAUUCGAACCCUUACGGAUGUCAUAGCUGAAGGGGGCAUUAACUUUUCUGUCGGCCAGCGUCAGUUGCUGGUAAUAGCUCGUGCACUUUUGCGAGGGGCGAAGAUUGUUAUAAUGGACGAGGCAACUGCAGCAGUUGAUGCUGGAACGGACGCUGCAAUCCAGAAAGUAAUUCGGACUGAAUUCACAGAGGCGACAUGCAUCACGGUGGCCCAUAGAAUCAACACUAUUUUGGAUAGCGAUUACAUCCUGGUUAUGUCGGACGGAAAGGCGGAAGAAUUCGACAAACCUGAUAUGCUACUAAAAAAAGGAGGAUUGUUUCGUGAUUUAGUAAGAGCUUCUGCUGAUAAUACCUAA